UUUUAUUUCAUCAACAUGUUUUGAUUUUUUUUUUUAAUUUUACCAUUGCUGGCCUUUGACGAGGUCGAAGUGCAUCCCUAUAUAACUGGCAAGAAAGCUACUGAACAAAUCAUCCAGUCUUCUGCCUCAUCCAGCAGCAGUCCUCCCAUCAAGAACUCUCUGCUCAUUCCAAAAGUCCAAAAUAUCUGUUUGAAAAUGACGUUCAAGAUUUUCAUCAUGUUGGCCGUGUUGUGCGCUGUAACAUUCAUGGGCGAUGCCCGUCCGUCUAAUGGAGGUUAUGGUUAUCCACCACGUACAGUAUCUCUACCAGUUUUGCCUCCAGGAUCGUUUGGACCCCUCGCACCAAUGGGCGCACGAUCUUCAGCUUUGCUGGACGACUCUUCCGAGUUGGAUGAUCUCGAAGAUAUGGAUCCUCUCGAGAUGGCUCUUAAUCCGCUAGGCACUUUGGACAAAGUUCUUGGCGGAGGUGGCGGAGGUGGUGGCGGCUACAAGAAGACACUCAUCCUCGGAUAAUUUGUUUUUCACUUUUUUUCAUUUGCUGCUGGUCUGGCAUUGAAAAUAUCUUCUUCAAUAAAACUGUUA